AUGGCCGACAUCCUGACUCAACUCCAGACAUGCCUGGACCAGCUUGCUACUCAAUACUACGCCUCGGUCUGCUACAAUCUUAGUCGACAUUCACUGGUACCACCACUUCAAACGUCAGAUCCGUACUCGGCACCCAUCAAGGAAGAGCCCAAAGACGAGGACGCAGGAGAAGACCUCGUACGGCCGCUGAGACCAGACUCUCCUACCACAUUUGCUGCCAACCAACUCCAACUUGUGCGGGAUCUCGUUAUCAAGGAACAGCAGAUCGAGUAUCUGGUCAAGGUGCUUCCGGGCAUCGGCACCAGCGAGCAGGAACAGGAGGAGCGGAUUCGAAGCUUGGAGAAGGAGCUGAGACAGGUGCAAGAGCAGCGGAAACAGAAACGGAGGGAAAUGCGCGUUACUGUGAAGAGGCUGGAGAAUGUGAUCAUGGGAGUUGCCAAUAGUGAUGGACGAGGUUGA